UUGGCAUCGCACUCCGUAUGCUAUAGAGGUUAUAAACGCUCGCACUAGUCUUAAAUAUACUCUUAUUAUUUAAUUAUACUGUGUUAUUAGAUAAUUAUUACAAAAAAGUGUUAGUAAUGGCCCCAGUGAACCUUAUUGAAUUGAAUUCCGAUGGUUUUAAGCAGUUUUUGGACUCGUUCGAUCAUGUGUUCUCGGAUUGUGACGGUGUAAUAUGGGUAUCACAAGAACCAUUACCUGGAGUUGGCGACUUUUUCAGACUAAUGAAAGAAAAUGGAAAAACAGUACAUUUUGUUUCCAAUAAUAGUAUGCGAUCAAAAGAAAACUAUAUAGCUAUGUUCAAUACAGCUGGAGUCCCAGGCGGCUUUGAAAAGCUGACAACUCCCUCAGUAGCCAUGGUUGAAUAUCUCAAGUCAGUUAAUUUUGACAAGCACGUGUUUUGUUUAACAUGUCCGGAAACGAAAAGGAUGCUUGAAUCGUACGGAUUCAAAACUAAAUAUGGACCAGAUGUCGUCCACGAUAACUUCGGCGACUUCGCCGAGUACCUUAUCGAUGACGCCGACAUCGGGGCAGUAGCGUUUGACAGUGACUACAAAGUGAAUCUGGCCAAGAUGAUCAAAGCCACAACGUAUCUGACGAGGCCUGAAGUGCUCUUUAUUAACGGGCCGACGGAUAAACUUGUGCCGUUCAAUGGACAAAUGACAGCAGGUGUGGCAUUUGCCGCCGAAGCGGUGUCGGAAUUAAUAAAAAGGAAACCUAAUAUCGGACUGGGAAAGCCGUCACAGGACUUCGGAGUGUUCGCGAUGAGACGGGCGUUUGUGACUGACCCUAGUAGAGUGUUGUUUAUCGGAGACAUGAUCGAGCAAGACGUGGGCCUAGGGAAGAACACCGGCUUCAAAACAUUGCUGGUUCUAACUCACCACACCGAAGAAGAAGUGAUGGCGGAACCUGCCGCCCGUCAACCAGACUUUUAUGCCCCGUCUUUAGGAAGUAUAGUACAUAAGUUUACAGAAUAAGUGAGGCAGCGCGACUUUUUGGAUUCUAAUUAUGGAAGCUAAUUCUGAUUUGGUAUUUAUUUAUGAUUUUAAUUGUUUUGGUACCUCGAUGAUAGUCUUGGUGAUUGGCGCGCAUUUUUACGGCCGACUUUGGUUGCAUUGUGCAGGAUGAUGAAAAACCGAUAAGUGUCAAUUAUAGCAUAUAUUUUACUAUUUUAGGAAUCAUUAAAAAACGAAUUUUCUCAAAAAUUAGUAUGUCAAAUACGUAUUCUCAGCCGAUGCUAUGUAAAUCUCGUAUCUCAGUACAUCAUGAGAAGUAGAUACGAUGUUUUGAGGAGUAUUUUGGUUGUUGAAUUUUGGUUGAUAAUAAUUGACAUUAUGUUAAUUUUUUUGUGAUUAUUACCGUUUAUUUUAUAUAAUCAUUUAAUUAUGUAAAUACAAGAUAUAUACAGUGGUGCUACUAAACAAAAUUAAUAACUAGCUUAAAUCUAAAAUAGGCCCUUGAGUCUAAUGCCUUAAGAGCAUGAUACAAUUACCAAGGAUGCUGGCGGCAUUUCCUCGCUGUAUCGCAAUGCUGAUACGUUGUGCGAGGAAGCCUCCAGCUCUUCGGUCACCAAUAUAUGGCAAUAUAUUGUCAUCAUAUCAGGUAUAUAUAAUGCCUUUAAUGCAAUGUUUUUAAUGUACUUACAUUUUUUUGUGAUGUGAAGAAUGUGUUAACUUAUGUUAUGUAUGUUAGCCGUGUCUUUUAGAAUAUUGCCCUAUAAUUAUUGUAAAAGUUAUUUAUCACAUUACAUUUAAGUAAAUAAUUUAUAUUAUGUUCAGUGUGGUUGAGUAUUGUGCUGUUAUUUCAUUUUAAGGUAAU